CAGCAGUGGUCUCUCUCUCUCUCUAAACAACUUUUUCCCUUGUCCCCACAGAAUGCCUUAAAUGAAAAUGGCUGCCAAGAAUUCCUCCUUCCUGACAGAGUUUAUCCUCGCAGGCUUAACCGACCAACCGGGAGUCCAGAUCCCCCUCUUCUUCCUGUUUCUAGGCUUCUAUGUGGUCACUGUGGUGGGGAACCUGGGCUUGAUAACCCUGAUAGGGCUCAACUCUCACCUGCACACCCCUAUGUACUUCUUCCUCUAUAACUUGUCCUUCAUAGAUUUCUGCUAUUCCAGUGUUAUCACUCCCAAAAUGCUGAUGAGUUUUGUCUCGAAGAAGAACAGCAUCUCCUAUGCUGGGUGUAUGACUCAGCUCUUCUUCUUUCUUUUCUUUGUUGUCUCUGAGUCCUUCAUCCUGUCAGCGAUGGCAUAUGACCGCUACGUGGCCAUCUGUAACCCACUGUUAUACACGAUCACCAUGUCUCCCCAGGUGUGUUUGCUCCUUUUGCUGGGUGUCUAUGGGAUGGGGUUUGCUGGGGCCAUGGCCCACACAGCGUGCAUGAUGGGUGUGACCUUCUGUGCCAAUAACCUUGUCAACCACUACAUGUGUGACAUCCUUCCCCUUCUCGAGCGUGCUUGCACCAGCACCUAUGUGAAUGAGCUGGUAGUGUUUGUUGUUGUGGGCAUCGAUAUUGGUGUGCCCACAGUCACCAUCUUCAUUUCCUAUGCUCUCAUUCUCUCCAGCAUCCUCCACAUUCGUUCCACGGAGGGCAGGUCCAAAGCCUUUAGCACCUGCAGCUCCCACAUAAUUGCAGUUUCUCUGUUCUUUGGGUCAGGAGCAUUCAUGUAUCUCAAACCCUCUUCUAUUUUACCUAUGAACCAGGGCAAGGUGUCUUCCCUGUUCUAUACCACUCUGGUGCCCAUGCUCAACCCAUUAAUUUAUAGCCUGAGGAAUAAGGACGUCAAAGUUGCUCUAAAGAAAAUCUUGAACAAAAAUGCGUUCUCCUGAGAAAAGGGCAAUGCUCAA